CCUGCCUGCUCCUCUCUCGCUCCUCCUGCAUUGGCUCUGGGCUCCAUGGCGCUCUGGUUGACUGUGGUCAUUGCUCUCACCUGCCUCGGUGGCCUUGCCUCCCCGAGCCCUGUGACUCCCUCCCCAACCCUCAAGGAGCUCAUUGAGGAGCUGGUCAACAUCACCCAGAAUCAGGCAUCCCUCUGCAACGGCAGCAUGGUGUGGAGCGUCAACCUGACCGCCGGCAUGUACUGCGCAGCUCUAGAAUCUCUGAUCAAUGUCUCCGACUGCAGCGCCAUCCAAAGGACCCAGAGGAUGCUGAAAGCACUGUGCUCUCAAAAGCCCGCGGCAGGGCAGAUUUCCAGUGAACGCAGCCGAGACACCAAAAUUGAAGUGAUCCAGUUGGUGAAAAACCUGCUCACCUAUGUAAGAGGAGUUUAUCGCCAUGGAAAUUUCAGAUGAAGCAUGAAAUCUUAGCAUCCUUAUCUGUAGACCCAGACCUGACUUCUUAAGUUCCAGAUUCAUUUUUCUUUCCGACGUCACAAAUUUCUUAGGGAGGUGGGGGGGGGGGGAGGAAGCACCAUUUCCUCAGCUGGGACCUCAGCCUGCACUGCCUGCCUCCAUGGAGCUGAGCCCGGCCACCCUUGCCUUGGUGCAUGGGGCCCAGCCGGGUGGCCCUCCUCUGUCUGCACUUCAUCAACGCUGAGGGAAAGCACUGCAUCCCACGACUGACCCUUCCUCAGAGCGAAGUGCAGCAUUACAGUGGGGGCAGAUAUGUGUGGGAGGGGGUCUUGCUGUACCUGGGAGUGGCACAGACACGUUUCUUCUUAGCCUUAUUUAUUAUUGUGUGUUAUUUAAACAAGUGUGUUUGUUUGUGCUGGGGACAGGGAGUGACUUGGAGCUGGGGGCCCAGUGACUCGGGUUUAGAGAAUCCCUGGGAAUAAGCACUGUGUGUAAAAUUCUGCUACCUCACUGGGAUCCUGGGGCCGACACAGGGGACAGGAGAAAGGGUCAGAGAUGCUGCUCUUGUCUGCCACUCAGCAGCUGGCCCUCAGCCAAGCAGUAAUUUAUUGUUUUUCCUUGUAUUUAAAGUUAAGAAAUAAAAUAUGUUAUCAAAGAGUUAAUAAUAUAUAGAAGAGUAGCCUAAAAGGCUGCAUUUGGUG